AUGACUGGAACCGGCGCUCCGUCUGGAGGAUCUAGCACUGGCUACGGAGGGGCACCGCCACACCGAUCGUAUGAAGAGCGCGCAGCCGCCCGCGAGCAAAUGAUGAGCAACAUUAGGGAAACGUCUCAGCAGGAUCGCCGCGUCUAUGUCGGCAACCUUUCCUACGAUGUGAAGUGGCAUCAUCUCAAGGACUUCAUGCGACAGGCCCAGAACGCUGUGGCCACUCUCAGCAACCAGAACCUCAUGGGUCGACUUGUCUACGUUCGAGAGGAUCGCGAAGCUGAACCUCGUUUCAUCGGCGCCACUGCCAACCGCGGCGGCUUUGGUGGUGGCGGUGGUGGAAUGAACCCCGGUGGUUUCGGCGGCGGUGGUGGCGGCGGCGGCGGCUACAAUCCUGGAGGGGGCAGCCGACAGAUCUAUGUUGCCAACCUUCCCUACACUGUGGGCUGGCAAGACCUCAAGGACCUGUUCCGACAGGCUGCUCGCAACGGAGUCGUCAUCCGCGCCGAUGUCCAUCUAGGACCUGACGGCCGUCCCAAGGGAUCGGGAAUUGUCGUUUUCGAGAACCCCGACGACGCCCGCAAUGCGAUUCAGCAAUUCAACGGUUAUGACUGGCAGGGGCGUCUCCUUGAAGUCCGCGAAGACAGAUUCGCUGGCGCGGGAGGCCCCAUGGGCUUCGGAGGCCGAGGCGGCUUCGGCGGUGGUAUGCGAGGCGGUUUUGGCGGCGGAUACGGUCGAGGCGGCUUUGGCGGCGGCCGUGGUGGCUUUGGUGGUGGCGGCUACGGCCGUGGAGGCUUUGGCGGUGGUGGCCCCGGCCCCGGUGGUCCCGGCGGUCCCGGUGGUCCAGGCGGCUUCGACGCUGGCAACGCUCCUUCGGUGCCUCCUAACCCAUUUACUGACUACGCAACCGCUGGAACCGAUCGCAGCGAGGUCAUUUACACGCGAAACCUUCCCUGGUCCACGAGCAACGAGGAUCUUGUUGAACUGUUCACCACUAUCGGAAAGGUUGAGCAGGCCGAGAUUCAGUACGAGCCGAGCGGUCGGUCGCGCGGAACUGGUGUGGUUCGUUUCGAUUCUGCUGAAACCGCGGAGACUGCAAUCGCCAAGUUCCAGGGGUACCAAUAUGGUGGCCGACCAUUGGGACUGAGCUUCGUCAGGUACCUCAACGCUCAGGGCGGUGGUGAUAGCAUGGACACCGAUGUCCAUGCAGGCUUGACGCAAGAUCAGAUCAUGUAA